AUGGUAUUAGUGUCUCUCCGUGGGGUCGGGGCUCCUCGAGAGGUGCUGUCCAGUGUGGUGGACGACGUCGGUCAGGCCGUGAACAGAAACGUCAGUGGAGCUCAGCUGCUGCACGAACUGCUGAGUGCUCCGUGGCUGCACGCCCUCCUGCAGAUGUACGAGUGCCUGCUGCAGUUUCAGAGGUUGAUGCCCAGCCCGUUCCUGCCUUAUGCCUCAGGACUUUCACAUGAGAUCAUGACGGUCAUACAGAAGGUCCACCAUCCCUCAGCUGAAGCCAGAGAGCUCUACAGCCUUCUCAGCUCGCCUCACAUACAGGCCCUCCUGUCCUCCCACGACAGUGUAGCGCAGGCAGACUACGGACCUCUCUUACCCCCCCUGCCUGACGAGUUACCUGAGGACGAGGAGGCCAUGAGGAUCGUUUGCCUAGUGAAGAACAACCAGCCGCUGGGGGCGACUAUCAGGAGGGAUGAGGAGACGGGAGAGAUCUACAUCGCCAGGGUGAUUCAUGGAGGACUGGCCGACCGAAGUGGCCUCCUCCAUCCUGGUGAUAUGUUAGUGGAGGUGAACGGUAACCCUGUGGUGGGUCUGGAGCCAGAACAGGUCAUCCAGAUACUGAUCAACUCUCAGGGAACCAUCCUGUUUAAAGUGAUUCCUAAUGCAGCUCAGAGCAGCAGCAGCCAGAGGCCGGUGUACAUGAAGGCGAUGGUGGACUACUGCCCCCUGCAGGACUCCUCCAUCCCCUGUCCCGACGCAGGAAUGCCGUUCAGCAGAGGAGACCUGCUGGAGGUGGUCGACCAGUCGGACGGACAGUGGUGGCAGGCCAGGAAGCUGCCCUGUGCUGUGUCCUGCGCCGGUCUGAUUCCCUCUGCCAGCAUGUUGAAGAGUAAACAGAGGGAGCAGUGGUGGUGUCAGCCGUUACAGGUGCAUACCUGCAUCAGACCAUUGACCCUGGCUGAUGACGAGGACGAUCUACCACAUCCUGAUGACAAACGCAUCCUAACAGAUGAGGCCAACUCUGAUGUUACUGAUGGGAUCUACCUGGCUGGUUUCCGUCGGAGUUUCCGUCUCUGGAGGAGGACGUCCUUCAGGAGGAGAAGACAGUCCUGCACCUCCUGCUCACCGAGCAGCAGUGCUCUGUCCACCCCCUACGAGGAGGUGGCUUUGUACCAGCGCUCCCCGCAGGAAAACCACCGCCUCAUCAUCCUUGUCGGGGCUUCAGGAGUUGGAGUUACUGAACUGAGGAAGAGACUCAUCAAACUGAACCCUUCGACCUUCCAGGGACCCGUACCUCACACCACUCGUCCAAUCAGUGCAGGGGAGCAGACAGGAAGAGAGUACCACUUUGUCACCAAAGAGCUGUUUGAGUACAUGGUCUGUAACCACAGGUUUGUGGAGUACGGCGAGUAUAAAGGACACCUGUACGGGACCAGCAUCGACGCCAUUGACGACGUGCUGAGACGAGGACGGAUGUGCAUCAUCGAUGUCGAGCCGCACAGUAUCCCACCACUGCGCACGAGAAAACUGAAGCCUUACGUGAUUUUCAUCAAGGCCCCCGGCCCAGAGAGACUGAGACAGAGUCGGAGAGACGCCGGGCUCAUCACACACUACAGCGUCAACAGAGCUUUCACAGAGGACGACUUCGUGGAGCUGGAGGAGGUGUCCUGGCUGAUGGAGGGAAAGUACAGACAGUUUUUCGACUGUGUGCUGGUGAACGACGACCUGCAGGACGCCUGCAUCCAGCUGUGCUCCAUCAUCCAGCAGGCUCAGGAGGAACCGCAGUGGAUCCCUGUCAGCUGGACCCGAGCAGAGGAGUAGAGAGGGGGAGGAGCACAAAACAGAGAGGGAAGGAUCUGAAAGUAGGUGAGGAGGAGAGAAACAAGG